AUGGCCGCGAGGGGAGAAAACGGCGACGAUGCGGUGACGUUGACUAGAAGGAAAAGCAAUACUCCAGAUAUCGAACCCCGAUGGCUGAAUUUGACCGGGUAUCCUGCGAUGCCAACCGGUAUCUCGACUGUGGGUGGGCCGGAUGCAAUUGAGAUGAACUCGGGCUGUGUGCAUCCGUCUACCAUGUGGAGUUGUGCACUGCCAAAGGAAGACCAGGAAAUGAACAAGCCCUACGAUGCUGAGACACCCAAAUUUAGAAUCGAAAUCAGGUUCAAAAAUGGAACUUAUCCCCGAAGCACAACGGUGACAACUAAGACAAAGCGUCAGCUUAAAUCUACAUUGGGAGAGCGUUUGGUACGUCGAAUUUUAGGACGCAGCAGGCUAUAUGCACGAAGUGAUGACUUUACGCCAAUACCCGCUCCUCCAAACCUGAAAGACAUAGAAUUUCUUGGGAAUACCACGGAUCGAUUUACUCAACCUUUCGUUGGAGAGGAGACGCCCUUUUACGUCACUUUUCUAUCCACUGGCGAUCUUGAUAGCCUGAGUAAAAGAGACAGUUUCCCCGACCCCUUCCCAAAUCUCACUGAUAUCAUUCCAUCGCCAACCAUUGCACCAGAUGGCACAGCUGCGGCUGCAAAUCUCCUACCCGUCCCGAAAGAUCAACCACUUCGAUUAUACGAUCGUGGUAUGCCAACCGAACGUUAUAGUUUUUAUACCUACUAUAAUCGUUCGAUUUUUCUCAAAUCCGCGGCACCCUUGAAUGAGUCGGAUACGACCGAUGUACCCGACGAUAAAAACGGCGGGUCGACCAAAUCAGCAGCCCGUGUCCGGUGUACCUGGGCGGAAACGCGGUUCAACGUACAAAUUUGGACGAGACCGCAACAGGCUCGUCUGCAGCUAGUAAAACCAUCUGUCUUGUUCAACCACUCUUCGACGCCACCUGUGAAUUCAGCUUUUCCUUAUGCAACGGACUUCUCCCGUCCAGGCACAUUUCCGUAUCCGAUUACUAUCAAGAUCGACCGCCAUGGUGGCGAUGCAAAGAAGAAGAUGGUAUAUUGCUACGGAAUGAAUGAAAGAUCGCAGAUUGAACUAAACGAGAGAAAGCUACAGUUGGAAUUUCGAGGUUUCGGGGGCGUCCUGAUAAACCCUGCAGGGGGGAUAUUCAACUUGACUGGCUCCGAUGGGCACAAGAAGCGAGAUGAAGAUUGGAUGCCAGUUGAUGGGGGAACUGGAGGCUGCAAAUGUGAAUGGAGAAAUUUCUAUGCAGUCCGUGAGUGA